UGAUCCUUAGUGCUUAAUAAAUACCUGUUGAAUGAUAGAAAGUAGUGUCCACCAUUACUGGUAAUAAUGGGACUGUGUGAAAUUGCUGAACACUGUGAGGUAUUAUAGACAAAAUUGUGUGUAUGUGUGUGUGUGUGAGAGAGAGAGAGAGAGACAGAGAGAUAAGUACAAAAGGAAUAUCUGACUUUUGUAUUUUAGGACGAAGGUCUUUAGAUUUAAGGGAAGACAACAGAAUGGAUUAGAAUGGAACUGAAACAAUCCUGCAAAAACAUCUAAUGGGCGGCACCAAAGGUUCUCUUCUAAUGUGAGGCUAGUUUAAUCUGAAUGAAUCUGGUCUGGACCUGGGAGCUGGUUAAUUUGGAUUUUCUUACCUCAGGCCUAAGAUAGAGGAAGGAAUCAACAGCUUGGAGAUUCGACCAAGUGAUCUGGCGGGAUGGGCAUUUGCCUGAUAUGUUUUAUAGAGGAAUUGGAUGGAAUAAGUGAUUAAGGUGAUAUUGAGGGUCUCUGAAGCCUGUGAAAGGUAGAAACUCAACCAUGAUUUCUUUUUCAACUCUACAGCAUUCCCUUCCUUGAAGUCUUCAUUUUUAUCUUAGUCUCAGGCAGUUAUACUUAAGCAUGAACAUUGACGACAAACUGGAAGGAUUAUUUCUUAAAUGUGGCGGCAUAGACGAAAUGCAGUCUUCCAGGGCAAUGGUUGUAAUGGGUGGAGUGUCUGGCCAGUCUACCGUGUCUGGGGAACUGCAGGAGUCGGUGCUUCAAGAUCGAAGUAUGCCUCACCAGGAGAUCCUUGCUGCAGAUGAAGUGUUACAAGAAAGUGAAAUGAGACAACAGGAUAUGAUACCACAUGAUGAACUCAUGGUCCAUGAGGAGACAGUGAAAAAUGACGAAGAGCAGAUGGAAACACAUGAAAGACUCCCUCAAGGACUACAGUAUGCACUUAAUGUACCUAUAAGUGUAAAGCAGGAAAUUACUUUUACUGAUGUAUCUGAGCAGCUGAUGAGAGACAAAAAGCAAAUCAGAGAGCCAGUAGACUUACAGAAAAAGAAGAAACGGAAACAACGUUCUCCUGCAAAAAUCCUUACAAUAAAUGAGGAUGGAUCACUUGGUUUGAAAACCCCUAAAUCUCAUGUUUGUGAGCACUGCAAUGCUGCCUUUAGAACGAACUAUCACUUACAGAGACAUGUCUUCAUUCAUACAGGUGAAAAACCAUUUCAAUGUAGUCAAUGUGACAUGCGUUUCAUACAGAAGUACCUGCUACAGAGACAUGAGAAGAUUCAUACUGGUGAAAAACCAUUUCGCUGUGAUGAAUGUGGUAUGAGAUUCAUUCAAAAAUAUCAUAUGGAAAGGCAUAAGAGGACUCAUAGUGGAGAAAAACCUUACCAGUGUGAAUACUGUUUACAGUAUUUUUCCAGAACAGAUCGUGUAUUGAAACAUAAACGUAUGUGCCAUGAAAAUCAUGACAAAAAACUGAACAGAUGUGCCAUCAAAGGUGGCCUUCUGACAUCCGAGGAAGAUUCUGGCUUUUCUACAUCACCAAAAGAUAACUCACUGCCAAAAAAGAAAAGGCAGAAAACUGAGAAAAAAUCAUCUGGGAUGGACAAAGAGAGUUCUUUGGACAAAUCUGACCUGAAGAAGGACAAAAAUGAUUACUUGCCCCUUUACUCGUCAAGUACUAAAGUAAAAGAUGAGUAUAUGGUAGCAGAGUAUGCUGUUGAAAUGCCACACUCUUCGGUUGGGGGAUCCCAUUUAGAAGAUGCCUCAGGGGAAAUACAUCCACCUAAGCUGGUUCUCAAAAAAAUUAAUAGUAAGAGAAGUCUGAAACAGCCUCUGGAGCAAAAUCAAACAAUUUCACCUUUAUCCACUUAUGAAGAGAGCAAAGUUUCAAAGUAUGCUUUUGAACUUGUGGACAAACAGGCUUUACUGGACUCAGAAGGCAAUGCCGACAUUGACCAGGUUGACAAUUUGCAAGAGGGGCCCAGUAAACCUGUGCACAGCAGCACUAAUUAUGAUGAUGCCAUGCAGUUUUUGAAGAAGAAGCGGUAUCUUCAGGCAGCAAGUAACAACAGUAGGGAGUAUGCGCUGAAUGUGGGUACCAUAGCUUCUCAGCCUUCCGUGACGCAGGCGGCUGUGGCAAGUGUCAUUGAUGAGAGCACCACAGCAUCCAUCUUAGAUUCACAGGCACUGAAUGUGGAGAUAAAGAGCAAUCAUGACAAAAAUGUUAUUCCAGAUGAAGUACUACAGACCCUGUUGGAUCACUAUUCCCAUAAAGCUAAUGGACAGCAUGAGAUAACAUUCAGUGUUGCGGACACUGAGGUGACUUCUAGCAUAUCAAUAAAUUCUUCAGAAGUUCCUGAGGUCACCCAGUCGGAGAAUGUUGGGUCAAGCUCCCAAGCAUCCUCAUCAGAUAAAGCCAACAUGUUGCAGGAAUACUCAAAGUUUCUGCAGCAGGCUUUGGACAGAACUAGCCAGAAUGAUGCCUAUUUGAAUAGCCCGAGCCUUAACUUUGUGACUGAUAACCAGACCCUUCCAAAUCAGCCAGCAUUCUCUUCCAUAGACAAGCAAGUCUAUGCAGCCAUGCCCAUCAACAGCUUUCGAUCAGGAAUGAAUUCUCCACUAAGAACAACUCCGGAUAAGUCCCACUUUGGACUAAUCGUUGGUGAUUCACAGCACUCAUUUCCCUUUUCAGGUGAUGAGACAAACCAUGCUUCUGCCACAUCAACACAGGACUUUUUGGAUCAAGUGACUUCUCAGAAGAAAGCUGAGGCUCAGCCUGUCCACCAAGCUUACCAAAUGAGCUCUUUUGAACAGCCCUUCCGUGCUCCAUAUCAUGGAUCCAGAGCUGGAAUAGCUACUCAAUUUAGCACUGCCAAUGGACAGGUGAACCUUCGGGGACCAGGGACAAGUGCUGAGUUUCCAGAAUUUCCCUUGGUGAAUGUAAAUGAUAAUAGAGCUGGGAUGACAUCCUCACCUGAUGCCACAACUGGCCAGACUUUUGGCUAAAAAAAAUGUGUAAAUAAUACUGGCACUUUAGAACAGAUUAAUCAAGAGUGGGGUUACUCUGUGUAAAAUGGAGUGCUGUACAGAUUUAAGAGCAAUGCGUUAUAACAAGUUAAGCUGAUAUGAAUAGCAAGAUAAUCCAAUAACUGCAUUUUGUUUGGUUAGUCAGCAUUCUUUGAACUGCCUUACAUGUUGUCACCUUUAUAGAAGCAAUGCAUUACUUGUUUUAGAUCAGAAACUUGCUAUUCCACCUACAUCAAGUUUAAAAGGAAAAAAAAAGACUUUCGCACAAUUGUUUCCUAACUGAUAACAUUGUACAUUCUUAGGAGAUUAGUAAUUGUGUGAAAUUUACUCAUACUGUUUCUAAGUUUUUCAGCAUAGUCAUGGCACUUCAGCAGGGAAUCUGAGUAUACUUUACAGAGUGAACUUAUAAGUUUAAAUGUCAAGAGAAUUAUGGCUUAAAUAAAUUAGUAUGUCCUAUAGGGGGAAAAAAAAGAAACCAAGAAACCACCUUUUAAAAAGAGCGAUAUGCCAUAUACCCUUGAUUUUCAUUUUGCAUUAUAUUGACAUGGUUUUUUUUUUGAGAAAAAAAAAGUAAUAAAAAUCUGAUAGUCUAAGACUCCACUAUUUAAAAGCCUAAUUACUUUUAAAAUAUGCAUACUUUCUAAACUUUUACCAAAAUGCAUAACUGUUGAAGCGUUCACUUCUCUAUGAAAGUAUGCAUAUUGGUGUCAGUUUCUUUGUACAGUUGUACUUAGAUAUUUUUUAUGAUUUUUCAUGUGCAGGUAUCAAGGUUUUGAAGUUUUAGUAAAAAGAUAUUCUGUAGAUUACAUUCCCAAGAACAUAAUGCUUACACAAAAUGUAUAUUCCACGUUUUAAAGCUUAAUUGUAUUUUACUUUACCUAUACACUUCAGUUAACAUAGAGCACUUAGAAUCUAUUUGGUAUUUUUGAUUUCUCAGAGUAAAAAAAAUUAGAUUUUUAGGUUUGAUAUGGUUGUGUCAUAAUCAUCUCAUAAUUGAAAUUUUUAAUUUUUGGCAAUAAAAGGAAAUUGGGUAUCUUUGGAACUGUAAAACCUGGUUUAAUCCUUCUCUUUCUAGAAUCUUGAUAGAUUGGAUAAUUAAACAGUAUCCAGAGAAACUAAAGAAAUGGGCAUUUUAAUUGCUUAUUUUAUCUUGAGUUACUUUUUAAUGAACACUGCUCAUUACAAUUUUACAAACCAAAAGUGUUUACUAAUUCUAGUAACUUCAAUUUCUUUUUCAGCUAGAUGAGUGAUCGGAAACUUUUUGUUGCAUUUCAAAAUCUAAAUAAACUACAGACUUUAUCCUUAUACCACGAAUGUUUUUUUUUUUAAUAUUUGUCUUAAAAUGAUACAGCAUGGUACAAUAAACAGUGCUUUUAUACAUAUAUACAUAUUAUAUAUAUACUUUUCUAAAGAACAAUGGUUUGAGUUACACUUUGGACAGUUUAAUUUUUGGAAAUUAACAUUAGUUAUAUUGAUUUUAUUAUCUUCCUUAAUUUGUUCCAACUUUUUGGUUUCUUAUUUUAAAUUUCCACCAUCUUUGUCACAAUGCACAUAUUGAUAGAGCACCAGUGAUGAUCUAAAAUUAGUACCCUUGGAUGAUGAAACUGUUAAUUUCCAUUCUAACUUUUAGAUUGGCCUUACAGAUCUACAGCCUUUGUUUCAGUAUAGAAUGUUAUACACUUAAAUUAUUUUUUUCUUUUAUUUAAUGUUAUCCCAAGACUGUUCUCAUAAAGAAAGGGAACAAAGAAAUAGCCACCCUUAACAUCUUUUACAUUUAUUUUGAAUAUAUUGGUGUUUUUAUGAUAAGGAAUGUAAGUUAUGUUUAAUGUGGUUUCCUCUACACUUUGGUUAUUAAACUUUGCUUGAAGUAUUCUCCCAUUUGACAGCUGUCUUUGCUGCCAAAUUUUUCUAGAAUUUUAGACUUCUUUGAAGUAAAUAUUUAACUUCUGCCAUUAUUGACUCUGAAGAGUGGUGUGUGUCAUGUUGCACAUCACAACCUCAAGAAGGCUUCAUUCAGGCAAGCCCUUGCCCAUGGAACUGUGCUCACCCUCGGGAGGCAGUUGUGUUUUUCACGUACUGCUAUCGGAUGGUAGUAGGCAUUAUUUCCUGAGUUGGCUUUUUGUUUUUUUUUUUUUUAAGCCCAAUCAGUAUUUCUGCUCUGUUGAGAACGUGUACAGCAUGAAGCUUUUUGUUUGUUUGUGUUAACAUCACCAGCACAGUUUUUAGAAUGUGGCUCUACUGCUGAGCAGUUAGGGGAAGCUAAGGAGGGAAGGCCUUUGAAAGUGGCAGUCACGCAAGCAGAAGUUCAGGUGUUGUAUUCCUGUCUUCAACACAUUUCUUUACAUAAUGGCAGACUUUUCUACCACAUUAUAAGCAUUUUUGAGAUAAAUGAUACUUUGGCAUAACUUACUGACUUACCACUUAAGUAUAGUCAUUGCUCUCUUACUGUGAAAUUCUGCAUGCCUACCAGAGUUACCUUGCAUUUAUCAUAUGAUAAAUAUCUCAACAUCUCCCCACUUUGGUUCAGAAAGUUACUUAAUUUCUAUCUGGGCAUUAAUAGAGAAAGCAAGUAGCCUUUUGUGCUACUUUAAAUCAGAAUAUUGAGGAUAUGAGAUAUCCUUUUGCGAUUUUUUUUUUUCAUUUCUCUCAGUGAGCCAAUUGUUCUAUGAAAACAUGCUCUUACACCCUUAAACUUGGUGAAGUGUGAGUGAGGUGUGCUUUCUUAGGACACAUUCUCACAUUUGGAGAUUGGAAAUACCACAUUAGAUGAGGAAAUAUCUCUGGAACAUCUAAAAGUGUGUGUAUGUGUUUUUUAUUUUUUAACUUAUUGCACACAUAUUUCAUUUGGUUCAGAAUACUUGAAGUGGCUCUUAGAUUUUUUGGACCUACUUGCAGAUUUUCUAGUUGAUACCGUAGGAAUCCAUCCUUUUUGCUCUGGCUGAGGGUGGUCAGUGGUUAGGAAGUUUCCUCGUUCUGAGAGGCAAAAGAGGCCUUGUGCUCAGGGUAGGCUUCCAUUUCCACAGGCCAGAGAAACUUGCAAAGUGCCAGCUAAGUUAGCUCUCCUGCCACUUCUUUCAUUUUGUUAAUUUGGGUUUUUAAAGGGCUGUUUUAAAAAAAAAAAAGCCGGGAAACUUUAAAAGUAGGCAUUACUGUAAAACUACAUUUCUUAGGCUUAGAACAUUUUAAACUAGAACUCGUUUUUCACAGUAUACUUACUUGAAGAAGCACUAUUAUAAUCAAUGAGCAACUUUUUGACUCUGCCAUUUAAUUUAAACCUUUUCCGUUUCAAAUUGCUUUAUUUCAGGGAAAUAAUUUUCCAGUUUUUGCUAUAUUCUGCAAAUAAAAACCAUAUGUUUCCUUUUUUCACUUAAACUUUUGGUAGGAAACAAACUAAAGCAGACAAACAUUUCUUGUUGUGUUUGUUGCUUUCUUUAAUCCAAUGGAUAAAAAAGUAAAACCCUGUAAACAUUAUUUUAUUUUUUUAUGCAAUACCAUGCUGUAAAUAUGGUUCAUCAAAUAAGGAUGUACCUGUGAUUGAAUCUUUAAUUCUGCACAGUUAGAGUUUAUAUAUAAACGUGUCUUGACAAUCAAGGACUUUUAUGUGAGUCUUCCUUUAUGAUGUUUAUUAAUGUUAUGCAUUCCAUUUGUUUUGAAGUGAGUACCAAUGUGCUAAUUUGUAUUGUCUGAAAGUAUGUAAUGUUUUUACAGCUUGUUUUUAAGAAUCUGUAAAUAUGUACAAACAGAUCACAGUACUGCUUUAUGUUAGAAGGCAUAUGAUGUUGUACUGUAUGUAAGCAAUAAUACAUAGCAGUGCUAACUUUACAAGUAGCAUCAGGAAAGUUCUAAAAACAUUUCAGAGUUAUUAAUUAUCUUUAUUUCAUUUAAUAAUGAUUAUCUUUAAUCAGUUUUAUAAGCAAAUUCCAUUGUUCCUCCUAUGGGAACAUAACACUGUUUACACAGCAUAAUUGAAGUUGCAGGGGAGACAGGCUAAAUCUGACUUCAUCUGUACUCAUUUUCACUAAGCAUUGAAUGGCCUUACCACUCUUCUGCAAGAUGGAGGAAGACCGCAAAACUUAGUGCCCAUCACACUGAAGGAAGGGGGUGUGUUUUUCUUUUCCUGCUUCUGUACUGCUACCUAACUUUGUGGUUUGCUUUGGAUUUUAAUAUUUGUUUCUGUUUUAGAUUCAAGCCCAUAAGUUUUGAGGUGACUUCAGCUCCAUUGUGAAAUAGUUCUCUUCAUAUUUCAAUAGCUACAUUUCAAGAAUUCUAAACUUUCUACUUUGAUUUUUAGAUACUUAUUUUUCAACCUUGAUUUCUCAGCUGAUCAGAUGAAUUUAUUCAACUUCAAUACAAAGAAAGACAAACCUAUUGUAGUUUGAAUUGAGUAGAUUAGUAUACUGUACAGAACAGCUAACUAUUUGAACACACACAUCACUGCUUUAGAAACAAAACCGCCAAUUUAUAAAUGUAUAUGACCUACAUUUUAUAGGAAAAAUGUUUUUAAAUGCUAGUCAUUUAUAUAAUGUGCUUUGAAGGAUUUGCUAGUCCACUUCUGUCACUUUUUAGUACACUGGUAUCUUUUAUAUGUAAUGUAUGCUUUUUAUUAUUGUAGCAAAGCAUUUCACUAGAAAGAAUUUUGCAACAAUAUGGGGGAAAUUUUUCAUUGUUGGAUUUGAAUUAUACUGGAUUUUAUCUGUGUAGUCUUAAUUGUCUUUAUUUUAAUACUGUCUGGAAGGGAACUUGGUAUCCAAAUAAAGCAGGUAACCUCAUUUUACUUCAAGGGCAUACUGUGUAGUGCUGAAUUUAAUCUGGAAAUCUGAUGAUUUUGAAAAGAAAAACAAGUUUAUAAAAUUGUACAGAAGAAAUUAAAUGUGUAAUGGAAAUCCUGAUGGUGGAGCACGUUGAAUUUUCUGAUAUAUAGUGUUUUCCUGGGAUCCCCUAUGCCUUCUUUGUAUUUCAACUAAUAAAGGAAAAUCCCUGUCAUUGAAACUGGUAGGAUAAUAGGAUAUUCUGAUUAUACAGUAUUACUCCUCCUGUCCCGUUUUCUGACCCUUUCUCAAUCACUGUAAAUUUUAUUUUCUAUUUCUUAACUGAUAAUUAAACAUGUACAUAAUAUAGA